CAUGCUGGUUUGCUCGCACACGCACUAGGCAGUGAUAUUGCCCUCCGAAAUUGCAGCGUGCCUUCCUCAGUCCUCACAAGCCCGGAAAAGACGUUUCUCUAGAAGCACUCCGCUGACAACUUGACCGUACAGGAACAUGACCUCGUCCGGUCCUGCUAGUCCGAAGCGCCAGGUAUUCGGUACAUCUUACAGCAAUUUCCUGACAUGCCUGGGCGUCGGCUCUCCGAUCCUGCUGAGCCCACUUCUCUUCGAAGGUAGCAAGGCGUCUCGAUGUGGGUUCUGCAUCUCCACGGUGUCCAUCCUAUUGCUGACAGAGACUCUUCCGGCACCCAUCACAGCACUGCUGCCACUCUUCGUCUUCACCGACCUGGGACUUGGCGACCCCGCAUGCCUGCACGUAUUGUCGGGCACCCUGCUGGUGGUGCUGGUGGACGUGAUGAUGGUGUUCCUGCUGUGCUUGACGAGCGUGUACCAGCGCGUGUCGCUGUGGCUGCUGGAUGUGUUCGGGGCGAGGCUGCGUAGCGUGGCGCUGAUCUGCAUGUCGGCCGCCCUGCUAGCGCCUCUCAUCCUGCACGACACGCUCGCUGCGCUGCUCGUGCUUUCGCUCGUCAGGCGGCUCGUCGCCGACUACAUGAACGACAACGUCCAGUCCUACAUGGUGCAGCAGGAGCGCGAAUCCCAGCGCAAGCAGCUUCUACAAACGAUGCGCCAGAAGAGUAGCCUCGCCGAUGCUGGCGGUACGAUCACGUCCAGCGACGUCGGUAGCCCAAUGACCCCUCCAACUUUGAUGAUGUCGCUGGGCCCAAUAGCGGCACCUCAAGCUGAGGCCCAGGCGACAGCGCUGCGACAGCCGCUGAAGGACGGUAAAGAAGAAAUAGUCAUCACUUCUUGGCGGGAAAAUGCCACGGAACGCACGCUUUCUCCGCAAGAUGUCAACGAACUUUCAGACCCCGUCCGCCAGAUUUCGACUCCUGUCGACAAGGCGCCGCCUUCCGCGGUGCCGCUGAUGUCCGCAACGAUCCUCCCGUCGACGUCCUCAGAGAGGGCUGCUCAAAAUGUGAUCACGAGUCCUACGCAGCUGCCGCACUCCCCGAGCCGCAAGUCAUCGCUGGAGUCCGAGCUCUUCUCCGAAGAGCUGGCGCAACUGUGCAGCCGUCCUCGACCGCACACGUCAUCGCUGAGCACCGCCGCUCUGAAAAGAGGCAUAAAAAAGACUAGGAAGCGGACGUCCAUUAUGGAAGGCGGCAAGAUCGUUAUGCCUGGAGCAUCUUCUCCCCCGCCCAAAGUCACCGCGAGUACCUCGGACGAGAUGAGCAGCUUCUUAUAUGGAACAAGACGUCCGGUACGAGAAUACAUCGGCUUUAAAUAUCAGAAGCAGCAAAUGAUUCACCGGCAGCUAGCCGUGACAACAGUCAUCGCCUGCACACUCACCUCGGCUAUGAGCCUGAGCCGAAACCGUGCCAACGUGUACUUUCUAGAUUACUUCCGCGACAGGUUCAAUGCCGAGGUCACAAGUCACUUGGUCUGGAUGGCCAUGGUCCUGCCGAUGGAAUGCGUCACGCUGAUGGUGGCGUGGCUACACGUUCGAGCCUUCGUCCUGCGGCAGUUUGACGUGGAGUUGGACAAGAAUACUCAGAUCAACAUACAACUCUUUCUACAGAAGAAGCGCCACGGCAUGGAACGCAUCGGAUGCUCAGAAUGCCUGUCGGUGCUAUUGUUCAGUGCCUGGACCGUGAUUCACAGCGUUACCCAUAGGCAUACCGGUCUCAGGACCACUACUGACGAUAUGCAUCCGCUAGGUGUUCUAUGCCUGGUACUAGCUUACGCCCCACCUUUCACCAAGUGGCUUCACGGGGUCUUCAUGAACUUCGAAGGCAUCGUGCAAAGGCUGCCUUGGGGCGCAAUCAUCACCGUGGCCGGAAGCGACGCCAUUAUGCUCAUCAUCAAGGUGAGCGGCUUCACCCAGUGGCUGUCGACGCAGCUGCAGCGGUACGCGCCCAGCCAGCUCGUGAUGCAGUGCGUCCUGGCCCUCUGCUCAUCACUCCUCACCGAGCUGGUCAGCAACACCUCAGCCCUCUCAGUCCUCCUCCCGGUCGCCGUCGACAUUGCGGUGACAACGCCGUGCAACCCGCUUUACUUCGCCAUACCGGUGACGGUGGCCGCCUCCACGUCUCUCGUGCUUCCUACUUCGGGCGUCAGCCUUGCCGUGCUCACCAACCUCAUUGACGUUGGACCCGUGCAGCUGUUGGUCAUGGGUUUGACUCUAAAGUCCAUCGCUCUGCUCAUGAUCCUGCUCACGGUAAACCUCAACGCCGACUAUCACCGACUGCCACACUGGAUAUUCACCGAGCGCCGGAAUCACACGACCACCACUAUGUUCUAGGAGUCAUGUGACACAGGCCACGAGUGCUCGUCUGUUCUCUUAAUAGCCUCGUUUUUUUCUGCUUUCUUUUUUAAUUGAUAUGUGCUGGAUCAUCUCUGUGUUUAGGCAGAGCACAAUAACAUGCAGUUUCGUUGAA